AGAGAAGCCACACAAGAAGAAAUUGAUGGCUUGUGUACUGAGAUCAGAGAGAUUCUAUCUGUACCAGAUAAAUCAUUGGACUGCUGUGGCCUGCUACGGCAGCUCUUCGUCAUUCUGCAGGCAUCAGAAGCUACCUCUGAACCAUGGUAAAGUUACAGUAUGGGUACUCUAUUAGUCUACUUAUUGUAGUGACAUUUUCUCUUUUAAAUAUUCAAUAAAACUAAAAUAUCAAUGAAACUUUUUUAUAUAUAUAUAUAUAAAAAAAACAUGGUUACAGGUGAAAGUUUGAAGUUUUAGUCUAAAAAUUAUGCUAUAAAUUAAUAAUCAAAAAAAUAAUUCUUACUUUUUUUAUUUUUAAAGACUUUCUUUCUACUUGCAUUUGCAUCGUGUUUGUCGUAAUUUUUUUGUUUACACCCAUAACAUUUUUGCUCAGUUGUUCGUUUUCUGGUGAAGUGCUCACCUGAAAGUUAUUGAUUGUCUCAUUGCAACUGAGUUGUGUCAAAAUCUUGUCCACUUCUUUCUGUCAAGGGGUGGUACACACGCUGAUAUGAAAACUGUAGGAUUUGGGGAUUUAAAAAAAUCAUAAAUAAAAAAUACUGUUUUGUCAAUAAUAUCAAGAUCAACCCUCUUAGGGCGGAUGGGCCGAUCUAUCGGCCCAGGGUGUGGUAGUGAAAAAGACUGAUGUCCGAUCUAUCAGCCCGAUAAUUCAAGACUCGAGAUUGCUGGCUUGUCUUCGUACUAGCAAAUCAGAUUGCUUCUUACAUAUCCCUGCACAUCCCGGCAUUGAAAUGGCGGCCUGUGUUGAUAGUUUACUAGCUUUUGAUGUGUUCAGGAAUUUAUUUGUGAGUGGCAAGUGAUAUAGUAAAAUUUCAGAAUGUCUGACAGUGACUCUGAUCAAAUUAUCCUUAAUUAUUUUGAUAUUCUACCAGUGAAUCUGACACUGAAACUGAUGAAAACAACCAGGGAAUUAAUGAAGACUUUCAAAUUAAGGGUAAUGCUAAUGUUGUGAACUCUUGGUUUAGUAUUAGGGGUCCUCAACUGGACAGAGAUGACCCCUCUGAAUUUUUAGACAAAAUAGGUCCUAUAAAUAAGGCACAAGCACCCCAUUUGAGUACUUAAUGCUAUUUUUUACACUAAAUAUCACUCAAGUGUUUAUGAGAAAGACCAAUAGAACCAUGUGCCAUGGGUGUCUGAAGGGCCUCCAUGGGCCUUGUUUCCCAAAAAAAUAAGUGUCAGGACUUUUUCAGGCUUCAUCCAUCAAAAAAUUCACACAAUUGAUUUAAGUAAAUUAUGUUUAUAUGUUUAUUCUAGGUUUAACAAAAAAAAUUACAUGCAUAAAUUAUGCAAAUCAGGGUAGCUCAUUUGCAUAAAUGUUGAUAUUUAGCUUUGAUUCAUAAAGAUUGUAUUAGUUCAUUCAAUUUCUUACAAGAAUAUAUAUAGUUUUAUACAUAUUAAAGAAAUUGUUUAUUUUUUAUAACUUUUUGUGCGUUGCGAGUGCCGAGCUCGUAAAAAGUGCUCCGUCUUUUUGGCAUAUACACCCCAAAAAGGCACCAUCCCAAGAGGGUUAAAAUUUUAAUACUAAAAAGUAGCAAAUAAAAAAAUUACAUGAAGGCUAUAUAUCAAAGAUGAGUUUAACACACUAAACAGUAUAAAAUAAUUAAAUAUUCUUAAAAUGCAUUACGCAAAGAAAGUCUGUGCAGCAAUAUAUUUUUAAAAAUUAAUAAAAAUAAAACCUUUUAAACUUAAGUAUUGUCUUCAUUCAAUUCCAAUCCUAUGGCUAUAUAGAGUGCUUAUCUACACUUCUGCACAGUCCUUUUUUUUGUGUAAUGCAUUGUAAGAAUAUUGAAUUAUUUUCUACUUUUUAGUACGAUUAAACUUGUCUUUAAAAGAAAGUCUUUUUUAAAAAUAAUAUUUAAAUUUUUUAAAUCAUAUCAAUUUUCAUUCUUAGUCUAAGGGCCAAAUUGAAAAAGUACUCAAAGACCAUAUUUACAUUUUAAUACCUCCCCUGAAUCAUUCAUGAAAAUAUGUGUGUUUGAUGGAUAUUGAAAGAAAUUAAACAUUACAAAUAUUAGUUAUUGUAAGCUGUUAAUGCAUAUCUUUAGCAUACCCCAAGGCUUGGUCAACAACAUGCUUCAAAUUCUGAACACGGUAGGCCAACAAAGAAGUCCAGGGGCAGGAAACAGAUGUAUUUUGUGCCAUAUGAUCUUGUACGAGUUACUGCCCUCAGACAGCCAUAGUGAGUGUUUGAAUCAAAUUCUCGCUCAAGAUGGGCUGACCAUAAAUUUAAGCUCAAUCAUCAUCAUGCAGGUAAGGUUUUAUAAUUUUGUUAAUUGUUUCAUGGUUUAAAUUUUAUUGAAUGUGUUAAGGUGUCAUAUAUACAGCUGGAAGAUUUAAAUUAUUUAUUACACCUGUCCUCUUAAUUUUCUCAGUCAUGUUGUCACAAAUGACCGGGAUGGGGAGGGGGGGCCUAGGACAGAGCUCAAUAGUUAUCAGUGAGCAAUAGUGCUGUUUUGUUCCGGUUUUCCCCGUGUGUCACACCACUUUAGCUGGAUCUUGAAUGAGCUAAGGGACAUUUUGGGGUGGGGGGGGGGGAAGGAUAUGAUGUUGGGUUUGAAAAUGUUAUAGAUUCCUGGAUGAUCAUCCUGGAGUGACAGACUUAGUAUUAAUAGCUGUAAAUCAAGAAUAGACCUUGGGGAUAGGCAAGUAGUUAAAUGUUAACAGUUUUCAAAGUGUUCUGAUUGGCAGACACAAAGACUUUUAUAAUUGAUUGUUUAGAUUGGGAAGCCAUUAAAUGGUAAUUCAAGGCCAUUGCCAUGACAUCAGGAAAUAAAUGCAUUAUAUCAUCUGGACUUUGAGUCGUUUGGAUUUCAUUAAAGUUAACGUUGUGCUUUGUGUCUGUCCCAACGCCUAGACACCCGAAAUAUAAUCACAGAGAGGAGCGGUCCUGUACUAACCACUACUAAGUCAAUACAGUUUGUGAUAAGUCAGGAUCGGAGCCCUCCUCCGCAACAACCGUUCUGUGACACAUAUCUUUUUCUAAAUUUACUUUCCAAUUUGACACUGAAAUGUGUUCAUUUAAUUUAAAAUCUGGAAUGGUUUUUAAAAAAAGAUUCCUCCCUCUCAUAAUUUUGGGACAUUUUAUCAGCCAAUAAUUAGUAACAAGCAACUUCUCAGCAUGGAAAAUAAAUUGGUGCUUAAAUUCUCACAGCUAGCUUAGCUAUUUGAUUAACAGCGCAUAUUCGUGUCUUAAUUCUAAGUUAAAAAUAAAAUUUGUUUGUUUUUAUUUAAGAAAGUGAACAAGCAUGUAUUGAAGUUAAUUAAUGGAGCUGAAUAAACCAAAGAUUCUAUUUCAACAACUCAUUUAAACAAAACAACAAAGUAAUGCAAAAGUAUUCUUGUGAUUGCAGGACAUAUGUUCACAUUGUGUCAAGGAGGCCCUUCCAAAUGGUGUUAGGUAAGUUAACUUGGAUUCACCAAACAGAAUACAGAAAAGUUAAACUUUGAAAGCCUGUUAAGUCUUAAUGAAAUAAAUAUACGAAAAUUGAAAUGCUCAAUGGCCAUAAUUAUUAGUGAAGGAAAAUAAGAAGCAUUGCACACUUCUUCUUUGAAGGGUUUUUAUUGAAGGACUUUUUAAAAAAAAAAAAAGAUUUUGCAAGUGUUGGCUCUAGGGCUUAAUUAGAAUUUUUUUUUUCAUUUAUUUUUCUUUAGGUGGCUUCAGUCCCAAGACUUUGAGAAGCAAAAGUCAGGUUUACUGUUUGUUUCAGCUGUCUUACAGUUACAUGGCGACAUGUUUGACAUAAACUUAAUGACAGAUGUCAAUGAAAAGAUGGCACAGUGGCUUAGCAAUGCAAAUUUACUUCAGGCACCCAAUCCGUAUGCAAUAAACCGAUUCCGCAAAGAUGUGGAGAAUGCAGUGACUGAAAUUGACGGAACAGCCAACACCAGUAUAUUCACAGCCCUUAGUGUAGGUAAGAUGUGGGCCCUUCAUCUGCUCUUAGCAGGAGCGGGAAUUUUAAGUUUUUAAAUACCCGUAACUCUUUAAUUUAACCGCCUUAAAACGUGUAAUUUACAUUUUGUUCAUUUUUGAUUUUUUUGGGCAUCAUCGGUUAAAAAAGUUUAAACUUCAUCUGUGACAGGUCAGUACUACACAGAAGAUCAGUUCAUGAAUGUUUUCAGUUUUUCUGUGCUGUUCAAGUGGCUGCUUGGAGUCUCCAAGACAGUGUUGUUCUCAGCUGAACAGACAGAAGCCUCAGAUGAUCAACAGGUGGCAGUGUUUAAACAUGCUUUUGGAUCCCUGAUACCCAAGGCUGUGGACUACUGCCUAAGAGUAAUAGAACAGUGUGAAAGAAGUGAGUGUUUUACUUGUAUGGAUAUGAUAAACUACUGAGUUACACCUCUUUUGAUUUAAAAAGCUUUAAGUGAAAAGGAUUGAAUGUAAAAAUUGACAGUAAAAAAUUUUUUUUUGCUUCCUUUGCUCUUCUCCAUAAUGUUGAAUCAUCAUAUGGACUAACAUCUUCAGCAAAGCUGAAAGUAAAGUAAAAAUAACUUGAUGAAAAACAAUUGACAACAAUUAAAUAAUAUUAAUUUAUCAGUCGUCAAUCUCUGGAUGACAGGCUGAUUAAGCAUUGGCUUAAGUGUCUUGACUAACUGAUUAAAUUAGGCUUUGGCUUAUGUGUCUUGAGUAAACAUGACCUACUGAUUAAAUUAGGCAUUGGGUUAUGUGUCUUGACUAAACAUGACCUACUGAUUUAAUUAGGCACUGGCUAAUGUCUUGACUUAACAUGACAUACAUAUUUAAUCAGACAUUGGCUAAUGUUUCUUGACUAAACAUGACCUACAUAUUUAAUUAGGCUUUGGCUUAUGUUUGUUGACUAAACAUGACCUACUGAUUUAAUUAGGCAUCAUAGUCUUUACAUGAAUUGAGAUUUUGUUAUCUACCCUAAAACUGCAGCUGUGAAAUAUGUCCAUCCUUUCUAAGUCUGCUAAACCCUGUAUUUCUCUGGGUGAUGGGGAUAAACUUCAUGCAUUUGAUAGUUACAUCUUUCCAACAGAGGCCAAAGCCCUGACAGAUACAGAACUUCAGACUGCUGUGAGUUUAUUUAAUAUUCCUUUGAAAUUGAUAAUUUAAAGCAGGGGAGGCCAAACCAAAAGGCCUCACGGGCCACUUUGAUAGCGAGCAAACCGUUCGCAGGUCCCAUGUCAUCACACCUUAUAUUUAAAGAAAUAAAAAAUAACCCCAUUAAAUUCGGGAAAAAAAUAUUUAGCUUUUCUUAAGUCACAUAAUGAAAUGCUAAAUAACUAAACAGAAUAAGACUAAACUUAGGGGAUGUCAUUUUAUCUUCUCUCACUUAACUUUUUAAAAUCAAUUUCUUUGUUAACUGAAGGAAGAAUGAAUGUGUUUAUUAGUGCUAAAUUAAGUAUACGCAGGCCACAAUAUUUGACAUGGUGGGCAGCUUGUAGCCCACGUUUUGCACUUGGGCCACCCCUGAUUUAAAGAAAGUCCUUGCUUUAGAAAAUUGGCUUUAUUGUUUUCAAUGAGGGUCGGGGGUUGGUGGUGGUGGUGGUGGUGGUUGUGAAUUAACGACUCCACUUAGUAAAGUAAAGUGGUUCUUUUAUAAGGACAUCAUAUUAGGAUCCAGGAUCAUGUUUUGUUUGUAUCAACUGAAAUGUGAAAUGUAAAGUUCUUAACAUUUUUGACUUACUUUGUUAGGAGACCCUUUUCAAAGAUAAUCAUUAUAAAUUGAAUGCUCAAAUUGACUUUCAUUUUUCACAGUGUCUGAUAGAAUCAGUUCAAGUUUUGAAUGUGAUCUGUUCCCUGGAUAAUGACCAGACUGCAAGGAUUUUCCAGGAAGUGAAGAGAUUGAACACACGUAUUACCCAAGAGAAUCCUGCCUCGCCAGCCCUCAUAUACAUUUUAAAGUUUUUCUUCCAUCAUAGUAAGUUUACGUCUAGUAAAUAUUCCUGAAAACACAAUUAUAAGCUAUAGUCUUCUUACAAAACAAGAAUUGCACUAUUCUGCCUAGUUUUUAAAAAAAGAAUUGGGUUUGUUGACUUCUAAAACUGGUACUGUGUACCAGGGGGGAAUGUGCACUGUGUACCAGGGAAUUGGUACUGUGUACCUGGGAAUUGGUACUGUGUACAAGGGAAAGUUCAUCUCCUUUCAUAUUUCGCAGUCAAACUAAGUACUGACACACGGAUAAGUAGCAUAAAUUAAGCACAUGGUGCUGCUCAUUGCAACAUACAGAUUGUAGGCUUUCUGGUGUUUCAUUUCCAAACAAGGGAUGCUUACCAUGGCAGCCACCUGCUAACACUGAUUCAUGAUCUUGUAAACUCUGCUGCCCAGGCUCAUCUGUUGUGCACGAUCCACAAGAAACAUUCCGACACUAUUUCAUAGCGGUGAUUUCAAGCCAGUUUAAAGACCAGGGCCUCAUGUACGACACCGUGGACUUUAUCUACAACAAUUUGGCACAACUUGCUGAAACUACAGAUACGCUAACAGAUUUUUUCCCCAAUUUAUUCAAAGUAUGUCUAUUAUGAUUGUACCCAUAAAAUCAAUCAAUUUUAAUUAAAGUGAGUUUCAUGUCUUUUAUUUAAAUCACAUGAAAACUAAAUUGAAUGUGUUUUAUAAACAAACUACUACAACACUAUGUUAAUUAUUUUUUUACCAUGUGUAUCUCAGAAAAUAGGACAGGUUCUUAUAUUAAAUUUUGAAGCAAAAAAAUGCAUUAGAGCUUGUUUUCAAGGGACAUAUUCAUCUACUGAACAAUCAAGGCACACAUUUCAGUGUUAAUACAUUGUUAAAAUGAAACGUUUCUCAAUUUUUUUAUUUUUUCAAAUUUUUUUGUUUUGAAUUUGCAAAUGAAAAUAAGACUGAUGAAAUUUGAGCAAUAAAUAUUUACCACCUUAAAAACAAUUGUAUCUAAUGAAAGUUUGGGCCUCUGAAGAUAGCAAAGAAACAUAUUCUGCUUGAUGAAGUAUAACUUGAAUUAUUUCUGUGGAUGGUAGAUUCUAGCAUGGCAUCCAAGAAUAUUCAUGAAUGAGUUUGCUUUCUUCCUACCUGCAAUGAUGAACUGGGAGACUUCUGUUGAGGUAAGAUUUCCGAAACAAAAAAAAAAAAAGGAGUGUAGCUUCAUCGGCUUAAAAUAAAAGUAGUACCAAUCAGCCAGUGCAUGCUUGAAUAAAUAAUGCAACGAUAGUAUCUUUUGCUUCUGAUUUGCCUUUUCAACUUUCAAGUGGCCAUUCACAAUUUAUAUCCAAACUUUCGGGUCUCUAACUCUUUCUGAUAUUUAUUACAUCCCCGACGACCACUCUUUGCCAGGUGUUUUGUGUCUUCUUGAUCCUUGAAGUUCCAUACCAGUGCUUCUCUUCCCAUGUUUGGUCUGGGUUUUCUUAUUAAAUUAAUUCUAUGCAAAGUGUGUAAAAAGAUUUAUAACUGGAUUAUCCAUUUCCUUGGCCAGAUAUUUCACCUGCUGCUGGACCUGCCAUGCAUGACAGCUGCACUGGAGGUGAUGGAGAGGUCCAAAAAAUUGGACUCAUCUCUGAGUGUGUCCAUGGAUGUUGAUCCCAGUACUUCAUUGGAAGCGUUCAACAGCCCUCGUUUCAGACCACUGUUCAACUAUAUUACCAGAUGUGAAAGUCAUCAAGGAGAUACGAUUGACAGGUUUCUGACACAAUUCUCUUGACACGAACCAUUUAGUAAAUAAACAAACAAAAACUUUUUUAAAAAAACCCAAAAGAUGAUUUGGCCCAUAUGUAAAUGUAAGGAAAUGUUAAAAUUGAAUGUUGAAAGAACUCUUUAAUUUACUGUCAUAAUUGUAUUUCUUCAAAUUUUUUGUCCAUGUUUGGGGAUUUGUUUAAUUGUAGUUUUAAGUAAACCUAUUCAUUUUAGCAUUUGUCCCAGGAUGUGGGCUUAAAACAUUUUAUCGUAAGCUUAAUCAAACAUGAAAAUAAUUUAAUCAAUCCCAAUACUCUUUGAUGUGUCUAAAUUUCUCCAGGUUGACUUCACUUCAUUCUGUGCUGAAAGAUUGCAUGAGUAGCACCAGGGUGAUGGUCUGUUGUCAGCUUGUGCCUGUUCUACUCAAGUGAGUCCAGAACGUUUUUUUUUUUCUUACAACAACUUUAAAAGUAAGGAACAUCAUGUUAGCGUACCUGGAAUUUGACUAUUUUUACGUCAGCUUGACUUGAUCCCACUAGACGCGUAUUAUUGUAUACCUUAUAUAUACUUUAUGUUUUUUUAUUUACUAUUAAGAUACUGUAUUGUAUGAUUUUGAGAAAAUAAUGUAUGAUUUUAGGAGUUCAAGGGUAACCAGGUCUGUGUUGGUGCAAAUGAUUCAUUUUAAAAAACCAAUUUCACUUUAUUAAGGAGCCACUUUUUACAACAGCUAAGAAAAAAAAUGGUGACUGUUGAAUCACUAAAGACGUGCAAUGUUAAUUUUUGUAAUAAUUUGUUAAAAUUAUUGGGAGUCUGCCUAUGUUUAGGGUGAUAACCAGUCAGCAGAAAGUAGUCUUGUUUUUACAACCAUGGAUGCUUCAUAAGAUAUCUUUUAAACCCAAUAGCUGAACUUUGUAAUGUUUAGUGCAUUCACAGAAUCUCAGCCAUCUUCCUGAUACACCCACCUCAAUAAGGCGAUAUAUAAUUUUACCAAUGAAAUUGUUUUGUGUGUUUUUUUUGCAUUAAAAAGGAGAGAAGAGUUUUGGCAUUCUUGUAAUAGAAAAAGUCAUGAGUGGCUUUUUAUGUGAUUAAAAUGAGCCUCUCAUGUCAUUUUAUUAUAGUAACACGUUUUCCAUCAUUGCCUUUUCCAGCAAAGAUGUUUGAGUUUUUGGCUUGAUAAAUUAACUGAUCCUGAUGUUAACCCAUAUAAAAUUCUCUCCACCAAAGAAUUUGGUUUGAGACGGUGAGAGCCAGCAACGAUUCUUCUUACAUCGCACUGCUCAUCCCUGUCAUCAUAGAUCGUUCUGGGAUUUUGUACGGUGUUCCAGAACUCAUUCAAGAUGUCCACAAGUAGGUCAAGCCAUCUCUCGUUUAUUCUUACGUUUAUACUUAAUUGGCUGUGAUUGAUUUUGGGCAAGCUAUGAAAAAUGAAACUUGCUUUCUUUUCCUUGUAUUUUUUAAUUCAAUAAUUAAGAUGAACUUCAUCACUUUUUUUUUUAAUAAUGUAACUAAGCCACCACAGCAAGACUCAAGCUAUAAUCCUGUUCACAACAUGAUUCAUUGAAUGUAAAACUUUGUUAAUUUUUAUAACAAAAAUUGAGGGAUCAUUCUGUUUGUAAACAAAUUAUGUUAUUCUAAAUUAAAGUGUGGCUGAUCUAUUUAUGUUUUUGCUUUCAGAAUAUUCGCCAAGGAAUUGUUAAAUCUCUGCAAGGCAUUUCCUGAUAUUGUUACACUACAAAAAUCUGACAUAACAGAAUUUCUGCAGACAACUGCCAACAUGGCUGGGAGGUUAGAAAUUUAUACAAACCUGGUGAGCUGAGCUACUAAUACUACUAGAUGCAGAGUUCAAUACUGUUAUCAGAUAAUAAUGAAUUUCAGAAUAUCCGUUCUACCCAUUGAUAAAUUUGAUAUGAUGAUCAGUGAAACAUUUAUAAAAAAAUGUCAAAAAUGAAUCCUUGUCCCUUAAUUUUUCUGUUUAUAGUCAGAAAAAAAUUUAAAUAAAGUAACGUUUAUCCUUGCAAGAAAACUUAAUUUUGGCAUGUAAAAGGCACUUGAGCACUUCAGUUUUGGCAUUGGCUCAAAGUUGGCCCAUAAACAAAAUACAAGACACUUAAACACCUAAGUUUUGGCAUUGGCUCAUAGUCUAAUGAAAUACAAGAAAUGCGAGUACUUAAGUUUUGGUAAUGGCUCCAAGGAUGCAAAUCUGCAAACUACUAGACACUUCAGAACUUUUCUCUUGACCUUUAAAAGAUGUUCGAUUGCAGCUUCCAGUAAAAAAUGAAAGUUUGGGUAUAUAUAUUUUUGUUGCUUCCAUCAGGAAGAUAUGGCAUGUAUUGACAAAAGAUGAUCCACUAAAUCUUAAUAGAUUAAAACAUCCUUGGACCUAAGCUGUGUAUCAAAUGUAUGUUCCAUAGCACAGAAUAAGAGAUAUAACAAGUUGAUUAUUGAUCAAUCAAAUAUAUUUUUUUUAAAUGUGAUUACCCUAGAAAGAUUAGGACAACUCUAGUUAAAAUUAGGACAACUCUAGUAAUGUAUUUAACUAUUGUUUAUUAUGUUUUUUAUUUUACUUGUUUCUAUUUAUUUAGAUUUUUAAAAAUCUGGUUUUGAAAUAACUUGUAGUUAAGCUAAUCUGUGCUUACACUUUUGGUACAUCUCAACAAAAUUUGAUUGUUGACAGAUUUUUGCUGUGGGAGAGUACAGCGCUCAGUCUUAUUGUUCAGACUGCACGUCUGAUGUAAUUGGCAAGUAUUAUGAAUGUCUAGAGGUCAUCACUUAUGAACUUUUGGCUCAACUCUGCUCAACUGACCAUGACGUUGGCAUUCCAAAAGUUGUUUCUGUGUUGAUGUCAGCUCUGGCUAAGGUUUGCAACUGCAGUUACUGAAUGGUUUAGUCAAAGUUACUGAAUGGUUUAGUCAAAGUUACUGAAUGGUUUGGUCAAAGUUAACGAAUGGUUUAGUCAAAGCUAAUGAAUGGUUUUAUCAAAUUUAAUGAAAUGUAAAAAUUUAAAAUGGUUGAUACAUAUUAAUUAGAUAAAGAACCUUCAUUUAAAAUGGAGUUAUGUCCCCUUGCCUUGGGGCUGGGAGUAGAAAAGGCUGAAUAGGCUUGGACUGUAAAGGGUUAAUUAUGUUUUAAAAAGAAACAACAACAAAAAAAAUUUAAACAACUCCUCAUUUUAAUCCCCCAAUUAAUUAAUAUAGAUUCAGUUUAGUGAACUUAAAUAGCCAAUAACAGCUCAUUAUUUUAAUUUAUCCUAGUAUGGAUAAUUUUUAUUUAUUGAAAAUGUUCCAAUUUAGUAUUUACAAUGUUAAAAUACCAUGUUAUAUGAUUUUCUGACUAGCUUGCAUCAAGGAGCCAUGACCUUAUCCCAAGAGCCAUUCUCUGCCUCACUAAAGUGGCCAAGCAACAGAACCUGAUCCUGCUCAACACCUUUACCAGAGAGUUUCUCACACAGAGAGCCACAUCUUUGAUUGCUUUACUGAAAAAUCCAGAGUAA